GAAUUUUAAACGUAUUAAACCACUCUUUGGUUAAAAAAUGCGGCUUUUACUUUGGUGGGAAAAACAGGAAAUGCUGCCGCCCGCUUGUGUCUAAAUUGAAACCGUAGAGGAAGAAAGGGGGCGUGUCGUUAGGUGUUAGCCUGCCUGCUAACAGAGAGCUAAAGUUGUACUUUCACUUUCUGACAGUCAGGACUCCCUUCUCCGGUCCGAGCAGAGGCAGAGGUUCCUGGAAAACGAAACCAGACGCGCUGGUUGCCGCCUCUGACACUCUUUGGCUCGUAGAUGUAGUUAUUUAACUCCUUUUCCGUGGCGAUAUUGACAACUCGUGGCCGGCGGCGUGUAAAAGUUUUAACCGCUAGCCGUCAAAACCGUCAAACGCGCAGGUAGCGUCGUUUCACCAGCUAGCUUCAGCGGCUAGCGCCCGCUAGCAUGGACAGCGGCGGCGGUCACACGCAUAAUGAGGAGAGGGGAGCGGAGAAACUGAUGGACGACUACCUGAAAUCAAUAGGUUUGCAUCGGAAGAAGAUAGCCAAAGACGGGUCGUGCUUGUUUCGAGCUGUCGCCGAGCAGGUGCUGCACUGUCAAAGCCUUCACACUAAAGUUCGUGCCAAAUGUGUGGAGUUUCUGAAGCAGAACCGGGAGAGCUACGCGGCGUUUGUUGAAGGAGACUUUGAGGAAUACCUGUGCAAACUCCGGGACCCUCAGCACUGGGUGGGAGAAGUGGAGAUCAACGCUCUGGCUGUGAUGUACAAGAGGGAUUUUCUGAUUUUCCAGGAGCCUGGAAAACCUCCCGUCAACAUCACAGCCAACAACUUCAAGGACAAGGUGCGGUUGUGUUUCCUGAACGGGAAUCACUACGACAGCGUUUAUCCCGUCAGCCACAUAAAGAACGCCGCUCUCUGCCAGUCCAUCCUGUACGAGGUCCUGUAUGACGGUGUGUUUAAGGUCGAUCAGGGAUCUCUGCGUCCCUGUCAGCGGAUCAGCCGACCCAACGACCUCCUGAGCGACGACAGCAUGCCCGCCUGCCCGAGCAGCGACGAGUCGGACGUGGACUCAGGCGAAGGACUCUGGGUAGAAAAUGGAACGAGCUCAACAACAAGACACAACAACCAGAGCUACAGGGGGCGUGGUCGUGGUCGCUCGCUGCCCGAGCGGGUGAGGCGUUCACUGAACCCGACUCUGCUCAGGAACAUAGAGUACGACGUCUGGCACAAGACCAAGAGAGCCCAACAGAAGAUGGAUUACUCCAUGGCUGCUGGGAUGCAGUACACUAUAGGAGACCGCUGCCAGGUUCGUGUUGAAGGACGGAUCUACAACGCAACCAUCAGGGAAGUGCCUCCCAACAGCAACCAGGUGAUGGUUUACAUAGAAGAACUGGGCAGGAGACACGUCCCUCUGUGGAGUCUCCGUCACCCCAGUGAGGAGAGCAGCUGGAGCACUGUGGUCAACAAAGACAAGAGGCUCAGCAACGGACAUGGAGACUGGGAGGAGAGGGGUAAAGGCCGAGGCAGAGGGAAGCCCGUCCCAUCAUCCUCCUCUGUUUCCCAGGCGACGGCACCGGGGUCCAGUGGACGUGUGCUGAAGCAGCACUCGUGGCCCCCGCAGGCCACCGUAGAGGAGCCGGGAGGGUCCAAAACCAGCAGGAAGUCCGUUAGCUCGGCGGAUUCUGCGUUGUUUGGUCUGACGGAGGAGGAGCGUUUGGCGAAGGAGGAGGAAGAGCGGAACGUGGCGUUGGUGGAGAUCCAGCUCAGAGACGAACACAGCUUCCCCGCCCUCGGCACUCCGACUGUGAUGCAGGGUGAUGGAGGGAAGAGGAAGGGAGCAGAGAAGAGAAGAUCCCAGAGAAACAAGACGAAGAGUCCAGUCGAAGACGUCAGAGCGGCGUCUCCCUCUGCUGGCGAAAGACCAAAAUCCUCCACCCCUCCUCUCACAACCACGACUGCUGCUACUGCAAAUACAAAUACUACUACACCCACCAACCCCACCCUUCCUGCUGCAAAACCUGCUGCUGCUGUAAACUCUGACUCCGGUCCGGCUUGGCUCGGCUCGCUCAAGGCUCCGGCGCCCAACAAGGCGGCUGCGGUGUCAGGCUCUGCUUCCAGCCUGCCACCCGCCUCUGCUGCCCCGACUCCUAAAACAAACACACAGUCUUUCGCUUCGGCUGCUGGAGUUACAGCAUCUCCUCCUCCUCCUUCCUCCUCCUCUGGGUGGUGCUCUGCCUCCCUCCGUCCCGUCCUCCGCCACCGUCUUCUCCCUCGUCACCCCGGUUCUCCCCGCCGCUACAUCACCCCCAACUCCUCCCACCCUCUCCUCCUCUUCUCCUCCCCCCUCCUCGCUUCCUCCUAAUCGUCUGCCUCCCCUCCUCCUCCCUCCUCAGUACCGCCUCCCACCUUCAUCGCCCCCAUCGCUCCCUCUCCCGUCGCUGCUCAGGGCUUCCUCCUUCCCUCCUCUCUCCCCCGUGCCUCCCCGCCUGUCUCCUCUCUCCCACACUCCCCCAGUCCACCCACCACCUCCUCUCCGAUCCAUCAUGCUGCUCCAGUCCAAGAGGCUCCAGCACCAAAGUCUUUGCCAAACUCUGGAGGACCUCUGGCGUCUCAGGCCUUUCAAAGCCAGGUGUCUCUGCCUCAGAACCAGAUCUCUGAGUCCCAGACCCAGGCCUCCCUCCCUCCGGUCUCCCAACUCCAGACCCAGUCCCAGUCUGAGAUGGUCCAGGAUCAGCCCUCUCUCCCACCUCCAGGAGCUUCCUACCCUCAGGCCUCUGCCCCUGCUCAGCCUCAACCAUCAGUCACCCACCCUCACCCUCCUCACCCCUCCCAACUCCCCCAGACCCCCAUCACCCAGACCCAAACGGAAACCCCUCACCCUCCAGCUCAGCCCGAGUCCCCGGCUCACCCUCCUCCCCCCUCCCAUCACCCUCAGUUACUCCCUGCUCACCCCCCCGCUGCUCCGCCUCACCCUCAGUCCAUCCCAGGAGCUGUACCUCUGCAGAAGCUGUCCCAGCUCUACCAGGACCCCCUGUACCCCGGUUUCCCUCAGGGAGAGAAGGGCGACGUGGCCCAGAAUCCACCCUUCUCCUUCAACAAGUCAGGAGAGGACCUCCCCCAGGAUGUCAACAUGUUGAGGUUCUUCUUCAACCUCGGCAUCAAGGCGUACACCAUGCCCUUGUUACCCCCUUACGUGUACCUCCUCCCCCUCCAGCAGGCCCACACCUUGCACCCCAAGCUUCACUCCCGCUCCCCUUCCCCAACCCCCAACUUCCCUCCACACUCCAGCGCCCCCACCAGGCCCCAGGAGACGUACACCCAGUACCCUCCGACUUCAGGGUCAGGCCUGCCUCAGUACGACCACCAGGCCGUGCUCGCGGAGCCCCCCCGUCCCAGCGAACCCUCCUUCAACCAGGCCGCGUACGCCGUCACCCAGCCCCCGCCUCACAGGAUGCCCUGCCCCUCUGUGCCAUGGCAACAGCACCAGAUCCCCCCAUCCAGAAGCUCCAGCUACCAGGUGGGGUAUCACUCCCCAACUCCACCGUACCCGGUUCCGCCUCCUUCAUCUCAGGGGUACCACCCAGGUCAAGGCCCGGGACACCCUAUGUACCCCCCAGCCAUGCCUCUGUACCCCCCAUCCUCGCUGGGGUACCAGUCUUCAUCCGCCCCUGAAGAGCUCCAGGGGAGCCAGGGGGCAAUGGAGCAGCUGCAGCCCGCUAACGGAGACACAAUGCCUGGGCACGGGCCUGGACGAGUCCCUGGUCCUCUGGAGGGUCCUGCUGCUGCUAACAUGGCUAAUGCUAACAACAACAGAUCAAUGGUUGUUCCAGGUGUCAACAGUUUUGGGGGAGGUCUGAAGAAGGAGCAGGGAGAGAGUCUGACUGGAACGGUGCUGCUGGUGGACCCGCCGCUCAACAACAGACCGAUACUGGUGCCAAAAUCUGAUGUCAGUGAUGUCCCCGUCUCCAUGACGACCAUGAAGCCCGGCAGCACCCCUGGCUGUCCGUCACCUUAUGACAUGUCGAAGACGACCAUCCCCGGCAGCGACACCAACCCCUCCUACAUGUACCGCCCCCGGAAGCCGUACAACCCCGGCAAACCAUACGUCAAAAUGGAGUCCGCCAAGGGGGGCUACCACCCGACCAUGCCCAUGACGGAGGCUCUGUCAGUGGCCUGCAGCACAGAGGACGACUGGGAGGAGAUGGAGAGACCACCAGCCCAGAGCCACAGAGGGAUGAAGAAGCACUACAGAGGAGGAGGGAGAGGGAGGGGGGGAGGUUAUGAUGGAGGGAGGGGGGUGUACAGGAGGAGGCAAGGAGAGGUGGGGGUGGGGUUUAACCAUGGCAAUUUUGGCCCCUCCCACAGGGGGCAGGCCUGGUAAAAAGGCUAUAAGCUGUCAGCCAAUGAGAGGAGAGGACACAAAGUGUUUUUGUUUUUUUUCUUGUCUUGGUUUUUUUUUUUUUGCCCGAGCUUUUUUGGUUUCAGCUCGCACUUAAUUGCACUUUUUCUGCCUUUUUUUUCUUCUCGUCACCUCCUGGAGAUGAUCGGUGAAUCGGUCUCUAAACGUCUCGUCAUCGUGUCAUCUUCUGCGUUGUUGUUGAAAAAGAAAAAUCGUAAACUCUUCGUGUGCUUCGAUGCGCCAAAAUCCUCCAGCUUGUUGUAGAAACAUAAACACUAUCAAUCUCAUUAUUAGCUAGCUGGUUAGCAUAGCAUGUUAGCAAGUCCAAGUUUACACAUUUCUCAGCAGUUGGAUAUACGGAUUUAAACAACGUCAGCGUGUGUUUUGAGCAGGGCUGCAAUGAUUAAUUCUGUUCUUAAUUAAUCCGUAAGUCUGUGGUCAAGAAAAUGUCAGAAAAUUGCGAAAAAUAUCCAUCAGAAUUUUUCAAAACCCAAGGUGCCGUCUUGAAAAAAAAUGAGCAAAGUCAUUGAGUUUUGGAUCUCACAAGACUAAAGCCAAUUUAAAAUAAUCUGAGAAUCUUGAUGAAUUUUCACAAAAAUCGACGAACAAUCAAUUAUCAAAUUAGUUGCAAAUUAUUUUUCUGUCACUUUCAAUUGUUGCAGCUUUUCUUUGCAGGUUAUAAACAUGUUUGCAGUAGAGCUGCUUAGAAGUUGCUACUAUGUCAGUAUGACGUUAGACAGAAACAUCGGAAAUUUGCGAGUUUUUGUACUCAUAAUUUUGAUUUAAUGGAACAUCUUGAAUUUUUCUUUAAAGUGGUAGUUAAGACAUUUGGAAAUUUUUGCUUUUCUGCGUUGGAUGAGAGGGUAAAACUACAAAUUUAUAUUAUUACACUUCAGUUUUUAUACAAACUAAACAAUGAGCAGCUGGCUAGUUUAUUUCAUUUAGCGUAGCUUAGCAUAAAAAAAGAAAAAAGUAAAAACAGCAAAGGAAACACAGAACCACAAAUUACUUCAGUAGUUAUCUAGUUAUCUUUAGGCUUCAGUUUCUGUGCAUCUUUAAUAAACCAGAUGUAAUGUGGUUACCUGUUUCCAGUCUUUAUGCUAAGCUAAGCUAACCACCUCCUGGUUGUAGCUUCAUAUUUAGCAUACAGACACAAAAGCAGUAUCAGUUUUCUCAUCUCACUCUUAGACAAGAAAGCAAAUAAUUCCAAAAAUGUCUUAUUCCUUUAAUAGUAAGUGAAAUUUCAGAUUUUCUUUCAUCCCUUGAAUGCAGCACAGCGCCUCAGAGUUUAGCAUGUCCAUAAAGCAUCCAUACAUAUAAACAAAAGCAAAAAAGCAUCAACCAAGUUCAGCAAGCUCUUCUUCCAAGCAUCUGUUAGCACUGUGAGUUAAAAACAAAUUAGUUUUAAGAGAAAUAAAGCAACAAAAAAAAUCAGAUUAAAUCUGAUUUGAGAUCAGCUUUAUUGCUGCUAUAAAACUUCGGCAGCCAAACUGUGUGUGUGUGUGUGUGUGUGUGUGUGUGUGUGUGUGGACUUUGUUUAGAUUUUUAUUUUGAAUUGUCUUGUUGCUGCUGGUGUCACUUCCUCCUCCUGUGUCGUUUUCUCUCCUUCUUGUCUCUGGGUUUGUUUUUCUUUCGAUCGGCUCCAGACUGUAGAGAAUCAGUGCCUUACUUUUGCUACUUUUACGGUCGCGUUUCUUUUUUUUUUCUCUGAGUUUGAGAAACACUGCUGUACAGAACAAAGGCUGUUUGUUGUUUGUCUGUGUUGGAUUUUUUUGUGUGACUGAAUAAAUAAAACUGUGGUUCGGAUAGA